AUGUUUCAAAAUACCAUACUAAAAUAUCCGGAAGAAAAUGUUUAUAUUGUUGACAUACAAGGAUUUCAAAGAAUUGCUGCGGAUACUUUCAUUUUCAAGGAAAUUAGUUUUCGCAACAUAAGAAAAACAGCUUUACCAACUGCUUACCUCUUCAAGUCUCCAAUGCCGUGGGAAGAACUUACCGAGGAAGAAAAAUGUAUGAUACAUUGGCUAGAAAAAAGUCACCAUGGAAUUGAAUGGAAUUCUGGUGACAUUCCAUACCAUCGACUUCAACAUGUCUUACAAAUCUUUACACGAGAUGUUAAAAAGAUAUUCGUUAAGGGAGAACAGAAAGCACUGUGGUUGAAAAAUUAUUUGCCGAAUACUCUAAUAUGUAAUGUCGAAGAUCUUGGAUGCCCUCCGCUCGAGAACAUAAAAAGUAAUAAAAAUUACUUUUGCUUGCACCAUCAUCUUUCGAUUAGAAGAAAACCAUCAUGUGCCGUCCAUAAUGCUCUUUCAAUAAGAGCAUGGUUAUUAAAUUAUUUGUCUGAAAAAUUUAGUCAAGACGAAGUUGAUAAUUAUUGAA